AUGACCACCAGAUGUUUGCUGCAUGUUUGCCUCAUACGGCUCUUCUCCACUGAAAUCUUGUCUCAGCUCUGUACCAUGCUUCACUUCCAGCAGAACAAAGUGAACAAAGAGAGCUUGGAGCUUCUGAAGAAAAUGAGCGGAAAUUUCCCCUCACAAUGCAAAAAUGAAAGGGUAGCUUUCAAGCCCACACAGGAUGUUGUCCAACUUCAAGUGUCCCAGAAGGAGAAUGCCAAGGUGGCAACCCAAGAGAUCCUUCAAGAGAUCUUCAACAUCUUUAGCAAAAACCUCACCCGAAGUGCCUGGGAUGGGACUUCCAUAGUCAGGUUCCAAAAUAGCUGA